GAUACCCCAUUUUACAGAAGAGGAAAUAGAAGCUCAGGGAGCAGGGCCUACAGGCCAGAGAAAACAUCAAAGAAAGCCCAAGAACUUAAGAACUUCUGGCAAAGACAUUGGCACUAAGUGUUCUGAUGACACUAAAAAGGAGGAGACCAGAUAGCCUGUCUCUUUCCUCCUACGUGUCCAACCCCCUCGGCACAGGGACUGCUCAAACUCAGAGGACAUUCCAUCCUUCCAGACUGGUCUUUAUCCAGAAAUCUUUCUGACCUCUUCUCACCUCUGGGCUGUUCUUGGCCUCAGUUUAGAAGAAUCCUUGGCCCUGUGCAGCAGCUCUUCCAGCUCCUGCCUUUCCUCUGAAAUAGUCAGAGAAUCAUCAGCUCAGCCUGAAGGGGUAACCAGGGGGCCAGGGAUAAUCAGGAAGAGUCUCUCAAGGACAAGGAAGAUCUCUUGUUCUGUUAAGUGUUGCUGCUCACGGACUAGGUAAGGCUGAAAUCCUCAGGUGGACCAGGGGCGAGGGUGGAAUGGCUGAAGGGGGUCGACCAGCUGGGUGACUUUGGGCAAGCAUCUCCUCUCUCUGGGCCAUGAGGACCUGGGCUGGAUGAUCUUUGAGGUACCUUCCAACUCUUAAGAAUGUAGGGGAAGGAACAUAGGGAAGGCUGGGGAUGCUGGAGCUUCUGGGAAGAGAAGCAGACUCUUACCUCCAACCAUCUCAACUCUGCCAGCAGGAGGAAUGGCACCAGCUAUGGCCUGGCUCCUUUUCUUCCAGCUUGUUCUAGAGUCAGCUCUGGUCCUGGAUAUUAACAAGCUGAGUGCCAUCAAGAAAUUCCGCAACAUAUACACCGACUACCCCAAGGUUAACUACCCAAAAGGUUUCCAGGGAUACUGUAAUGGCCUGAUGGGCUACGUACGGGGCAAAAUGAAAAGCUGGUAUUGUCCAGGCACCCAUUACGUGAUACAUGCCCCAUGGACAAUCAUCCAGACAUUCUGCAAGUACAGCGAUAGCUUCUGUGAGAACUACAAUGAAUACUGCACAAUCACCCAGGACUCCUACCCCAUCACAAUCUGUUCCCUGGUCCCCAAACAGCCGCCUACCAGCUGCCACUACAAUAGCACCAUGGGCAACUACAGGAUCUACCUGCUCUGCUCCGGCAAGUAUGAUGCUGAACCAAUUGAUAUCAUUGGCAUCUCCUAGGGAAGGGGCGCUUUAAUUCCAAACCACCCCCUACCUCCGCCACUAUAGGCCAGCCUGUCCCCAUUCCCAAAAUUCUGAGCCCUGGCACAGGCUUCUUCCCUAAUUUCUAUGGCAGAAAGGGCCCCUUCCCAAGAGACCAGGCAGGUCAGAAAAAUGUCCAGAACUUUGGCCACCAUGUGAAGUUAUACUGUCUUCUAGGCCUUUUCCAAUUUGCCUCUACCUCCCUACUACCUCCAUCACCAUCCUCCCUCUCCCAGGCACAGUUUUACCCACCCAAAAAGCUGACUCUGGCCAGUUGGCAAUGACUGUCCAUCCACUGGGCCAGAUCCUGAAUCCUGGAUGGAGGCCCAGAGCCUCAGCUCACACCAUGACAACAGGCACCCAGCUUCCACAUCUCACCUCUGCAUCCCCACCACCCUUCUCUCCUCAGUCUUCCCCACUUCCCUUAGACCUGCCCACCAUCAGUCACCCACACAGGGAGUGUCUAUCUCUAGCUAUAGGAAUCUCCUCGAGACCCUUGGACUCAUUUUAGCCUCCCCAGAAUCUCCCUCAGUUCCCAAUAUACUCCUCUCUAUGAAAUCAUUGAUUCUCCUCUUGUGCAGCCUGCCCUUUCGUCCCUCCUUCUACCACGGAGCUCAGCGCUGCCUCUCCCCGACACUUCCAACCUUCUUUGGUCACCCUAUCUUCCUUUUUUCCCACCUCUUAUUUCCCUCUCAUCCUUCUCAACCUGGUUCACUGGAAUUUCAAGUUACCUUCUCUGUGAUCCAUUUCCCCAAAGUUUCCUGUUCAUUUUUCUUUACAGUAGCUCCUUACAACACCCCCCUGAACUCCAGUUGACAAGGCACAGGAUGAGGUAGGCCUAGCCACAGUCACAUAAAAGUUUUAUAUAAGAUAUAACCUUUGGGGGAAACUGGGUGAAGGGUACGUGGGACUUCUCUGUGCCAUUUUUGUAACUUCCUGUGAAUCUAUAAUUGUUUCAAAAUAAAAAGUUAAAAAAA